CCCGGACGGACCCGAGGUCCCGACCUCCGAUAUGCCCCGCGUGGGGUUCCGAAUGUCUUCAUCUUCUUAGAACUUCUAUCAAGCCCCCCCUCCACAUCUCAACCUACACAGACACAAACAACAUGGCAUCGCUAUACGGCGACCUUCGCCAUCUCCUUCCAGACAACUACAAGCGUCUCAUCACCGCCUGGUUAGAAGAAGACUGUCCCAGCUUCGACUAUGGAGGUUUCGUGGUGGGGGAAUCCGAAGGCGAGGCCCGGUUACUGGGCAAGAGCGAGGGUAUCCUAGCAGGUGUUCCCUUCUUCGAUGAAGUCUUCUCACAACUGGGUUGCACAGUAACCUGGCACAUUCCCGAAACCACCCCCAUCUCUCCCAUAACGCACAUCGCCACCGUCCGAGGUCCCAUCCGCAAAAUUCUCCUCGGCGAGCGCGUAGCCCUAAACAUCCUGGCGCGAUGCUCCGGCAUCGCAACAAAAACUUCCACUCUUGUUACCGCUCUCCGCGCCCACGGCUGGGCCGGCACAUUGGCCGGAACCCGCAAAACAACGCCGGGAUUCCGGGUGGUCGAGAAAUACGGCAUCUUGGUCGGCGGGGCGGAUCCACAUCGGCACGAUCUGAGCGCGAUGACGAUGCUCAAGGAUAAUCAUGUCUGGGCGUGUGCAAAUAACAGUGCGGCCAAGGAUGGGGGAAGUGCGGUCAAGGUGGUCGGGGAGCAGGAAGGCGGCAUAGUGGCUGCGAUUCCGCGCGCCGUGCAGGCGGCUAAGGCGGUUGGGGGGUUCGCGACUAAGGUGGAGGUUGAGUGUCGGAGUUUGGAGGAGGCUGGGGCUGCGAUUGAGGCGGGGGCGGAUGUGAUUAUGUUGGACAACUUCACGCCCGAGGGGGUGAGGGAUGCGGCGAGGAGGUUGAAGGAGGAGUGGAAGGGAAAGGAGAAGGCGUUUUUGAUUGAGGUUAGUGGCGGGUUAAAUGAGGGCAAUGCGGCGCUGUAUGCGUGCCCCGAUGUGGAUAUUCUGUCGACGAGCUCGAUUCAUCAGGGUACGGGGAUUGUGGACUUUUCCUUGAAGGUGUCGUUGCGCUGAGUCGGCCUUGGGCUUGGGGCUUGGGGCAGUCUAUGAUAUGAUGUGUAUGUCUAUAAGGUUGUUAACAGUAUGGUGGUCGUUUGGGCCAAGGCCGAGUGUAGGCUUCACCCGUACGAUGUAGCAAGUCGAAUACUGCCUGUCUCCUUAUGUACAUCUGUGCCCAUGCGCUCAACUGCCAUAACCAACGCGAGUUCAAUGCAAAAGGCC